UCUUUUAUACCGUUGAGAUAUUAAUAGUACUGCGACGGUAAUAUUCUAAACCUAGUGAAAUGUGAUUUUAUUCGCAAGUUUUAACGAAGAAGAACGCGUGCAACUAAUAUACGUAAUACACGAACAAAUCUGAUAACAUUUCUUUUACGAAAUGGACGAAAUAGAGUAUAAGUUGGGAUCGAAAAAUCCUGUUUUAAUAUCGCACGCAAUAUCCAAACUUUUCGACACUAUUAAGAAAAAGAAGUGUGACCAACAAACGAAUCAUAUUUCAAAGAUAGCCGAAUUUAAGUUAUUAUUAACGAAGCGGGACAGUACGGAUGUCACACUUAGUAUAACGGCCUGUCAAGCCCUAAGUGCUCUAGUCGAGAAUGGAUUAUGGGACAUUAACGAAGCGUUGUCUACUUUCACGUCGAGUCUUUCCUCUAUUAAGAAUUACACAGUUGCUGCUACAACUAUAAAUCGCUUGUUAAUAUUGGAUUUAAAAUGUGACACAGGAAGUAAAACUAUAUAUCCAUUUACGCUGCAUGUACCACAGCACCCAUUUAUCGUUAUUUUAACUAAGGACAAAUUUAGCUGGCAAACUGUAUUGAAUGAAAUGUCAUUUGUUGUCAAUCAUCAGGAUCCCCAAAUUCAAGAAAACGGUAUAGAAAUGUUACGUCCCGUAUUUUUAUAUAUUCUGUGUAAUCCUUCUUUGGAUUCAACCGAUUACUGUAUGCAAAAAGUUUGGCAACUGUUGAUUAAAUCCAAACAUGGUAUACAUGUGCAAACAGAAAGUUUAUUUUGGCUAUGUACAACUGGAAGCCAGAAUUGCACGAAUGCAAACUAUCAAAUUUUAGAACUUGCAGGAAAAGCUUUGCUGGAAAGAAACAGAGAAUACUGUACAGCAUUGUUGCCGAUGAUUGCAUCCUUAACUGUACAAUUACUAAAACAAGGCUCUGAUCCAAGACCAAAUUUUGAUACUAUAUUUGUUACCAUAGAUCAUUGUGAUAGUUGUAUAGGAAACCUUAUGUUAAUAUUAAUGGCAGAAGUAGUUGUUUUAUGUCCAGCUAUUUAUUUGUACAGUGCUUUGCAAAUAUGUACGAUGAUAACGAAGAAAAUGUCUUGUAACGAUAUAUUUUUCAACAGUUUAAUAGCAUCUAUCUUAAAGUGGAUGGCAUAUCCAUCCAUAUUAUGUUCCGACGCGUUAGACAUGGCGAAAGAUUUAUUGAAUAGUAAAAUAUUUGACAAAGGAAAAUCGACGGGUAACGACGAGACGACAUCGACGACAUCUUCAAAUCGACUUUUUACACUCUUCACUCAUUCCGAUUCGUAUAUUGAAUUUCACAAUGAACUUGUGCAGUGCUUCGACAUCUGGAAACCGAACGAUAUAUUAUCCUGGCUGAAGAACAUGUCCCUGUUACCUAUUCACUUGAAGGACAAAUGUAAACUGCUGAUUUCUGGCCUCUUUUUACAAACAACCGAGCCUCGAGUAACCGAACUGUGCAGCAACAUACUCGUUGAUGUGAGUAAAGAAAGUAAAAGUUUUGCCUCGCACGUAUUGCCGUUGGUAUUGCAUAAAUUAACGAAAUCUCGAAGCAACGCAGAAUCGAAAUGUUUACUGCUCGUUAUACCAGAGCUUGUCAACACGAAAGAAAAUGUUCCGAUCAUUAACCUUAUCUUGGAUACGCUGUUAAACGGUGAUAAGCAAUUGAAAUAUUUUACGAUCGAAUUGUAUUUGAAAGCGUUCAAUAGAGAACCAAGAUGUUACAGAUUUCUUUCCGCGGCAAUAAUUCGACUAAUGAAAAGCGAUUUCUCCUGGUAUUCAGACGCAACUUGUGCAAGAGCUAUGAAAUAUAUAUGUGAAAAUUAUCCUGAACACGGAGAAAAGCUUGUGCCGUUGUUAUCGCAGACGUUAAAUCGUUCGACGGAUACGAAUGGUGGGGUCGCAAGCAGUCUCGCGCUCCGAUGCAUCUCUGCCCUUUGCAAAGCAUCCGUGAUAGACGUUUGUUCGACAUGGAGAGUGCUAGCUCCAAAAAUGGAAAAGGAGAAGCGUGCUGUUGUUUUAGAAAGUCUUUGCGAAUUAUUUGCAGAUAUUGCAUCCUGUCCACCCUCUCAAUGUAUGGAAGAGUAUGAUCAAUUGAUCGAUAACGUAAUAUCGAACCUGUGGAAGUACGCCGCAACGUGUAACGAUGUAAAAGUUGUCGAGGCUGCGCUUAAAGCUCUAGCUUCCUAUCGUCUAGAACAGAUUUCUUUGAAAACAUUGCCACCCGAAUUUAGACGGAACCUCGCAUUGCCUGCAGCGUACGCGAAAACUCCGAUCGAUGCAGCUAGACUGCCAGAGGAUGUACUUCCAUACGUACCUGGUAUUUGUUGGAUUCAAAUGCUUGAAAAUAUAAAUAAAGCGGCGUUAUCAGCAGCCGGCAAUCUUUUAAUUUCUUUCAUCACCGAAGAAGUGAAUAGCUUCCGAUCUGGCGUUUAUGUCUGGCCCCAGAGGGAACCGCAAAACUUUAAAUAUUUACCAGAGAAAAGCGUAAUCAGAGCUGUCGGUGAAUAUUUGAGGCGAGCGAACAAAUCUGAUCCGAACAAUCACCGUAUUAUUACCGAAUGUUUGCGAAUAUUUGCCCAUAGAUAUCCAAAACCGUUACCCAAUGUAAAUUGGGAUUUUCUUAAGAAUACACUUGAGGAGAUAUCGGCCGAGGCGAAAAAAUAUACUCUUGCUAUCGCGUGUCAUCACGCGACAAUAUCUCUAUCUGCCAAGUCUUUCAUAGAGAAUUAUCUAUCGAUGUAUAAAUCUAUCGAUAAUUCCGAAUUUAUAUGGAAAACCAAUGAACACCCUGUACUCUAUACGAAUCUCCAAGACCUGUGUCAAGCUUUACAACCAAAUAACAUUAAACCGUUCUUGGAAACUACGUUAGAAUAUGUAAUCGAAAAAGUAAAUUUCGACGAUAAGGAUUCGACAAAAUCUAUGUUCCACUGUAUCAUGUCGUCGUAUGGUCAAGCAUUGAAAAAACAAGAAACGUGCGAUGCUAACACUACCUUACUUUCCACCAUUUUGGAAGAUCUUUUCAAUAAAAUAGAUUUAACGUGCGAUCGCUUUCAACCCUAUUUUACUGCAGCUUUGGAAUUAUCAACGAACCAUUUAGAAAGAAUGACAUCCCCUAAACUAUGGUGGGUAAUAACGACUACCAAAUUAAAGAAUGCUAUUGCGAUCAGAGCUGAAUUGGCAUUGAACAAGCCCAGUUCUGUUUCCUCGUUAAUGUGGUUGAACGAGACCAUCGAUGAAGUAGCAGCCUCUACAUCCAGCGUGCAAACGUAUUUCCUCGAAACCGUACAAAGAGUGCAGACUAAAAUGCAAUUCGAAGAAUGCAGUUCAAAUUCUAUUCUAGACCUUAUCGCACAGGUUUAUGGACUUUUGUUGGAAUCGUCACAAGAUUCUAAUAAGAAAGUACAAUUUUAUUGUGAUGUUUUAUUUGUCUCUGUCGUUAGUUUAUCCGGCAUAGAUUCUCUGUUAAUGAAACGAGAUUUAUUAAUUAAAUCGCAGAGUGUCCGAUUAAAAUUAUUUCCUCAAGCUCUAACGCUUCUUUCUGAUAGACAGGAUUGGAAACACGCAAUUCCACAGCUGAUGGAAUGUUUAAAUUGCAUAAGAACAAGUACUGUUCCUAGUACAUAUAAAUCCACGUUUCAUCGAUCUUUAAUACAUUUGAGACAUAAUCCACACUAUAAAUCUGUGUGGACUAAAUAUUUAUCGAUCAAGACUGAUAUCGACAUUUGAUCGUAAAAUCUGUAUAUAUUAGAUAGAAACAACUUCGCAAAAAUUCCACAUGACACAGGGAGUGACAAUAACUAUGAACGCGCA